CGUUUUCACGAGGGAGGAGGGAAGCGAGAAGGGCAUGGAGAAGAUGAAAAAGCAGAAGAGGAAAGGACGGGAGAUAUCUCAGCUGGAAAUUCCUUGCUUUUAUCAACGUCAAAUAAUUGAAGAGGGAGUGCUCGAUUCUUCCUUUGCUUUGUCCACUACUCUCUGCCACUACAAAAUGCCCCUCCCUCCCACUAAAAUUACUACUUUGCCAAACCCAGGUAGAAGAGGAAGACGGAGAAGAGGAAUCCAAAUGCAUUGAGGUUUUUUUUUUUUUUAAAGAGAGAAACCGCUUUCCUUAUUCUCUCAGAUCUGCUUCCCGCCAUAUUCCUGCUCCAGAUCUGGUGAUUUCCAGCCAUGGGUCUUGAGAUUUCACUUCUCAUGGCGGUUUCUGCCACGGAACAGCUGUAAAUCGACGAAUAACCGCUUCUGGUAGAGGAAUUGGGGAGUUUUCUCCAUCGGAGUCGGUGAUGGAGGCUGGAUUCUCGUAGUUUUCGGUUUCUGUGGGAAUUUGGGCUUUUACAGUGGCAAAAAAGGAUGGAGAGAAACCCUAGAUGUGUGUAAAGAUAUGUGAAUUUUGUCUGUUUGUCUCUCAGUCUUUAUCUGCGUCUAUCAAACGGAAGAAAAUUCAAGGAAUCUCGGCAUUUUGGGGCUGUUUCUUUAUUCGCCUUCUUUAGAAACCCUAAAUCCGCAGAGGAAUUCGGAAAAUCGUCGUGUUUUUUCAGAAUUUGGAGGGGUUGUUUCUGAUUCUUUCUUGGACAGUGGGAGACUCGUCUCUUUCUAGGGUCUGUGAAGAAUGGAAGGAGAGGUGGGUGCGCAAGUCGCUCCGACCUUCAUUCAUGAGGCACUCCCUGGUCGAUUCUGCGAAAGGCCGCCUGUGACCCGGAAGCGCGAUUUGCAGUGGCAAAAUGAUAAUUUUCAGCAGCAGCUGCGGUUGAAUUCCGGUUUUCAAAAUCAAAGCUCAAAGAAUCAUUGGGACCCGAAGGUAUGGGACUGGGACAGCGUUGCAUUCGUUGGGGAACCUGUUCGUGAGGUGGCUGAGGGUCUCCGUCUGGGGCCUGCGGAAGUGGUUGAUGUUGAUGCAGAGGAGAACAGAAAAGGGGAGGGAACCCUAAUGCCUUUGGCACUGAGGAAGGGCUCGGCUGACGAAAAUGGGGAGAAUCUUACUUUGAAGCUCGGGGGAAGCACGUAUUUUUCAUCAGAAGUGCCGGUCUUGAGGCCAAACAAGCGGGUCUGUUCUGGAUCGCCGGGUGGCACCGGCAGCUACCCGAUGUGUCAGGUGGAUGAUUGCAGGGCAGAUCUAUCAAGCUCGAAGGAUUAUCAUCGACGGCAUAAGGUGUGCGAGCACCACAGCAAGACGGCCAAAGCGCUUGUGGGGCAGCAGUUGCAAAGGUUCUGCCAGCAGUGUAGCAGGUUUCACUUGCUUUCGGAGUUUGAUGAGGGUAAGAGAAGCUGUAGGCGUAGGCUUGCCGGGCAUAAUCGGCGGCGGAGGAAAACCCAACCAGAGGAUGUUUCCUCCCGGCUUUUAGUCCCUGGAAACCAGGAGAGGAAUGGUAGUGGAGAACUGGAUAUCAUCAAUCUAUUAACCGUUAUAGCACGUCUGCAGGGAAAUAAUGUGGAUAAAACUACCAAUGGUCCAUCAAUUGCUGAUGCAGACCGUGUCAUCCAGAUUCUUAGUAAGAUAAUCUCGUUACCCAUGUCUACAGGCUCUGCAAAAUUGCCUGUGCUGGGAGGUUUUGAUCUGAAUAUCUCUCAGACAUCACAAGCUUCUUCAGAACAGCCAUCCAGUAUGAACAGAAACCAGCCUGCUUCAUCAAACGUGGACUUGCUUGCCGUUCUUUCUGCUGCAUUGGCAGCAUGUUCUCCUAAUGUCCUUGCGAUUCUGUCUCAAGGAAGCAGUGAUAUUAGUUCCUAUGAUAAAACCAAGGCAAACUCCCUGGAGCAGGAUGCUGGUUUCAAUUUACAGAAGAAGGAAAGUUCUGUAUUUCCUUCAGUUGGAAUGGAAAGAAGUAACAGUAGUUAUCGAUCUCCGCUGGAAUUAUCUGAGUGCCUGGUUCAAGAUGCUCAACCAAGUUUAUCAUUGCAGCUCUUUAGUUCAUCUCCAGAGGAUGGCAGUUCACCAAAUUUAGGAUCAUCCAGAAAAUACUUCUCUUCAGACAGCAGUAAUCCCAUGGAAGAGAGGUCUCCACCAUCAUCUCCUCCUCUUGUGCAGAAACUGUUCCCUCUGCAUUCGGCAAAGGAAAUUAUGAAACACGAGAGGAUGUCAGUUUGCAGAGAAGACAAUGUGGCAAUCGAGGCUAGCACGAGUAACGACUGGAGCUCGGCUCUGGAACUCUUUAAAGGGUCUAAUGGAAUGGUUGGUAAUAAUGGAGUUUCGGUUGUACCAUUUCAAGCAGGCUACACAUCUUCAUCUGGCUCAGAUUACUCGCCUUCUAGUUCGAAUUCUGAUGCGCAGUUAUGGGAAUUAAACACAGUUACACGCUGCCCUAUGCAGGAUCGGACUGGGAGAAUUAUUUUCAAACUUUUUGACAAGGACCCUAGUAGCUUUCCAGGGACACUCCGAGCUCAGAUCUUAAGUUGGCUCUCUAACAGUCCAUCAGAAAUGGAGAGCUAUAUUAGGCCAGGAUGCGUGGUUUUGUCAGUCUAUGUAUCUAUGCCUUCUAUUGCCUGGGAGGAGCUACAAGAAGAUCUCAUUCGGUGUGUGAGCACACUCCUUCAGGGUUCUGAUUUGGAUUUCUGGAGAACUGGGAGGUUUUUGGUCCAUACCGACAGGCAGCUGGCAUCUCAUAAAGAUGGCAAGAUCCGUCUAUGCAAAUCUUGGAGAACAUGGAGUGCUCCUGAACUGGUCUCUGUAUCACCUCUGGCAUUCGAGGCUGGGAAGGAGACAUCUCUUAUUUUGAGAGGUCGCAAUUUGAAUGUUCCCGGCACCAAAAUUCACUGCACAUAUAGGGGGGGAUAUGUGUCAAAGGAAGUUUCAGGAUCUUAUUCGGGCACCAUUUAUGAUGACUCUAGCGUGGAGAAUUUUAGCUUCCCAGGUGGAGCUCCCAAUGUCUUGGGUCGCUGUUUCAUAGAGGUGGAGAAUGGGUUCAAAGGCAACAGCUUUCCUGUUAUACUUGCAGAUGCUGCUAUAUGUCGAGAAUUGAGGAUCCUUGAAUCUGAGUUUGAAGAAGAUGCAAGGAGGACAGAUGUCACUUUGGAGGACCCGAUUCGAGAUUUUGGGCGGCCGAGGUCAAGGGAGGACCUUCUACACUUCCUAAAUGAACUUGGGUGGCUGUUCCAAAGAAAGGGCACCUCUGCCAGUAGUGCUUUUUCUCCUGCUCGAUUCAAAUUACUCUUUGCAUUUUCGGUAGAACGGGACUGGUCUGCUGUGGUUAAAACACUUUUGGACCUAUUCAUAGAAGGCAACUCCGGAAGAGAUGGGCUAUCUGGGGAAUCACUGGAAGCACUUUCAGAAAUCCAACUCUUGAACAGGGCUGUGAAGAGGAAGUGUCGGGAAAUGGUCGAAUUGCUCCUCCAUUACUUCGUAAGUGGUAGUAACAAUGCUUCAAAGAAGUACCUUUUCCCCCCAAACGUAGCAGGACCAGGUGGUGUCACACCGCUGCAUUUGGCUGCUUGCACUCAGGACUCUGAGGACAUGGUUGAUGCGCUGACAAAUGACCCACAAGAGGUUGGGUUGAAGUGCUGGAGUUCUCUGUUGGAUGUAAGUGGGCAUUCUCCGCAUGCAUAUGCCUUGAUGAGGAACAACCAUUCUUACAACAGGGUGGUGGCUAGGAAAGUUGCUGACAGGAGAAACCGUCAAGUGUCGAUACCCAUCACGAAUGCGGAUAUCUCCUUGGAGCAGUCGUGGAUGAUGGUAGAUGCUGAUAAACUUAAUCCUCAGGGUACGCGAGGGCGGGCUUGUGCCCAGUGUGCAGUUGCAGCUACACGGAAGUCCAAGCUAGUGCCUAGUGUGCAAGGGUUGCUUCACCGCCCCUACGCCCGCGCAAUGCUGGCAAUUGCUGCUGUCUGUGUUUGUGUCUGUUUGUUCCUCCGGGGCUCUCCAGAUAUUGGUUCUAUUGCCCCCUUCAAAUGGGAGAACGUAGAUUACGGCAUGAUCUAGUACAAGAAAGGAAGAAGUAGAGAUAAAAAAAGGUAUGCAGAUGACAGGGAGGGUUUGCUUCUAAUAUGCGUUUACGCAGUAAAAAAAUGCUUCCGAAUAUGGAAAAUGAGGAAUGCCGAUAUGAGGGUCACUGCUUAAAUGUGUGGCAAACAUGUCCAGUGAUCACCAAGUGUUCAUUUGGUGCACCACCAUGUUGAUGGACUAUAGGCCAAGAAUCAGAGUGAUUGGACACACCUGAAGUCUGACCAUCCAGUAAUGACAUAUGCUGGUUGAACGUCAAACUCGGCUUUAGCUGUUCCAUCGACAAGCCACUGGUAUGAUGGUUGCACCUGUCCAAUCCCCUUAUUAUAGCAUGGCCUAUGCACAUGGUGGCCCACCAGGUCAACAUUCCCUAUCGCCGACAUGUUUGCCAGCUUCUACCACGAGGAAGUGGAUAGAACUUCUAUGCAGGGACCCGCACACUAGCAUUUGUAGGAAGGACAUACUUUCUUAGGGCGGCUGUGGUUGAGAUUUUUUAAGAGGAAGAAGAGAAUCAAAAGCCACCCAGUAAUACAUUGUGAAAAAGAGAGGCCCAAGAGAGUUGAGGGGGUUGAAAUGCAAUAACUAGUGGAAAGAAAACAGAAACAGAAGCAGCAGAGAAGCAGAUAUGUAAAAAGGGGAAAUAAAAUGUUAAAACAUGGUUCAAAAUACCCAGAUGAGAAAGAGGGAUAGACAAAUGUUGGGUAUGAUAAGAUAGGAAGAUUUACUGUUUCUGUUUGUAACGGAGUGGUGUUUACUAGUGGUAAUUGUAAGUUACUUGGAUUCAUGGCAACGACAGGUAGAGAGGGUUACAAACUUGGAAAAAAAAAAAAAAAAAAAAAACCAAAACUGACCAUGACAGUAUCAGUCACUGGGAAAUCAGAAUACAUAGGAAAAUUGAAACUAUAUAUGAUCAUGUUGAGCAAAUAUUAAAUAUUUAUUCAAGGUAUUGGGAAACAAUAAAAUAAGUAUGCUUUUACUUGUGAUCUUA